AGGUUUUUACAGGGUUGUAAAUGUUGCGAUCUUGAUUUUUGUGAACAGGAACGGGCAGUUCCUCUCACCAUAGAAUCUAUCACAUGGACAUGGAUGGUUGGGUUGCAGCGUCAACCUUGGUGCUCGCUUGGGGGCUGCUGCACCUGCGCCUCACUACGUCAGACUUGGGAGACCUGAGAAGAUGGAUCGAGUCCCUUAUGGCCGCACCACGCCAACAGGUGGAUGUGUUGAAGGAUGUCCGGGUGGAGGAAGAGAUGAUAAAGAUCCGCCAGAGCAACUACAAGUUCAUCACGCGUUGCUUUUCUCAUAUCACCUUCCUGGUAGGUAUUGGCCUGGUCUGUCAAGCCAUUGUAGCACCCGGGCUCGACACCAUAUCCUUUGCCGCCUGUUGCAUCCUGGCCUAUGUGCAGCAAAUCAUGCUCGGGCAGGGCAUCGUGCGUUUGACCCCUCAGCGGCUGAAAUUCGUGACCAUUGUCAUCCAUACUCUCCACUUUUUCCUCAUUCUAGGCUCUGCCGGCUCCGAAGGUGGCUUUCAGUUUGCCGUUUGGCAAGGCUUUCAAUGGGUCCUACGCUUCUCAUUGGUGGUUGCAUUUCUUGAUCCUUGCGUCUCGAUUCCUUUCCAAUUUCUCUACACACUAGGAGAAAUAUCAGUCUACUUUGUGGUUUUCGAGCCAUCACGUGUGCAUUUGGGAUCCUUGUUCAUCAGUCAAUUCUUCAUGAUAGCCAUCAACAUUGCCUCCUCGGUGUACUUUGAUUUGUUGCUGCGGCGGAGAAUCUAUGCCCUCCUGGACACGGCUGACGCAGAGUCUUUGGUGUCCAGCUUCCGGCAGAUGCUGAGGGGUGUUUGUGAUGGCGAAGUCCUCUUGGAUAGCCACAUGAAUGUUGCCCAGGAAAGCGAUUGUUUGAAGCAUCUGAUUCUCACCAGUGUAAGCCUGAAGGGACGAUCCUUUGAACGUCUACUCGUUCCUGAUGAAGUGCCUCGCUUCAGCGAAUUCAUCAAGUCGUCCACUGAGUCAUGUUGUGCACCAGAAUCCAAGCAUUCUUCAACUCCUGGAUGUCUACGAGUUUCUUUUCGUGGAUCAGCAGGUAUUAGGGUUGCAGCAGACAUCUACCACGUACCCAUUUCAGGCCUCUUUGGAGAGAGUGAGCCAUAUCACUUGAUUGCCUUCAAAGAGGAUCUCGAGUGUCGGCCUCAACCAGAUGCUGCAGAAGAUUCAGUUCCUGGACAGCUGCGGCUGAUGCCUCAGAGCCACACUGGGGACCUGCUCUCCAAUCACUCAGACUUCACUUCUGUCAUCUCAGGUAGCACCGGAAGAGGCUCAUGUACUCAUGAUCAUGGCUUUCCAGAACUGCAAGAAAUGACUUUGCUGGUCGACGCAGACACUCAGCUUCAGGAUGUGCAAGAGGCACACUUGAAGUUCAUGCGUUGUGAGGAACCAAAUGAUCUCGCUUCAGCGGAUUCCAGCAUGCCUUGCUUGCGCAAGCUCACGAAACCGACCGACUGGGAAAAGAUCCGUUCGCGGGUUGGGAGGUUUGCAGAGAGGGCUUUGCAGGAUCCUACUGUUCAGUCAAGAGUCAUCAAACGGAUGAGUUUGCAGCUUCCCGGCCAUUUUGGUCGGGUCAUCGCAGAAGAGGCAACUCUCAAACGAUAUCCCCGAGAUCGCAAGGUCUGGCUGCACAUGAAAGGCUUUCGCCCAGAGAAAUCUCGGCGUGCAGAACCGUUCAUGGAUGGCAUUUGGGAGGGUGGCAUGAGUCGCAGACAAGGUGCAAAGAACCCCCCAUGAGCCAGCAGACAUGCAUACUUGAUUUAAUCAUUCUUGUGCUUUUUUCGUAUCCCUUGUGGUUUUAUCCUCAAGGGCAAGCGAGCCUCAUAUUGCUUAACCUCACGCAUCUCUGCAAGGAAGGGAAGCUUUUCCACUCUGUUGCAGCAGACUGGAUGUGGAAACACGAGG